AUGAGUGAUUGUAAAACAACAUUAACACCCUCAUCAUCUUAUUUUUGUUCAUCUUCUUAUUCGAAUGAUAUAGAAAUUGAUGAUCAUUGUUUCAACAAUAAUUCAGAUAGAAAAUUUGAUGUAGACGUACGUACACCAACACCGCCAUCAUCAACGGCAACAAUUGAUUCCAUUAACCAUCAAAACGAAAAUAUUGACGUUAACCGUUUUGAAAGUGUAGAUCAAAAAGACAUCAACAUUACAAAAAAAAAAGCGCGCAAAAUUGAUUCGAUAGAUUAUGAUGUAGGAGAUGUGUGUCUGUGGGCAGUCUAUGGAUUUACAUGUCUUCUAUUAUGUAAAAUACGUACAAAAAUUAUAAAUAUACAUUUAUUUCAUCGAACUGUCGAAAAAGGUCCAGGCGUCCUGGAUGUCCCGUCGCCUGACGUCCCAUUAGACGUCAAAUUUGGAUUUAAUGAUUUAUGUCCAGUUUGUGGUGAUAAAGUUAGCGGAUUUCAUUAUGGAUUAUUAACAUGUGAAAGUUGCAAAGGAUUUUUCAAACGAACAGUACAAAACAAGAAAAAUUACCAGUGUAUUGAUAAACAACAGUGUCAGAUCGACAAAACACAACGUAAACGAUGUGCAUUUUGUCGAUUCAAAAAAUGUUUACAAGUUGGCAUGAAAUUAGAAGCUGUGAGAGAAAAUCGUGUUCGUGGUGGAAGAAAUAAAUUUGGUCCAUUAUAUAGACGAAGUAGAGCUUUAAGACAACAAAUAAUGAGACAACAUUUUGUUAGUAUGGUUAAAGCUCAACAAAGUAUAAUGCCCAAUGAGUUAAAUACGUCUCUUGAUCCAAAUAAUCUCGGAAAUGGUGGUGGACUUCACAUCAAAUCCGAACCAGAACAACCAAAUCCAAAUAAUUUAUCACAUUUUCAACAUAUGUAUCCGGGUUUGGCUCCACCAUGCGGUGGUGGACCACCAACACAUCAUCAUCCUCAAGCCGGUACACAUCAUUUCGCAGCACAUCAUCAACAACAACAGCAACAACAACAACAACAAUUACAUCAACAUCAUAAUUUAGCAAAAAGUCCGUUUGGUUAUCCAAAUUUUUUUGAUAACGGUGGACCAAAUGGUUCAAAUUCUCGUAUGCAACAAUCGACACUAUUUAAUCCAUUUGCGGCUGCUGCCGUAGCAGCUGCAGCAUCAUCGAUGCAACAACAAUCAUCAAACUCUUCAUCAACAGUAUCUGAAAAUUAUUACAAAAAUUCUUAUUCGCAAUCACCACCGAAUCUUCUCUUGCCACCACAACCUCAAUCAAAUUCGUCCACAUCAAAUUCGAGUUCUUCUCCUAUUGCACAAUUAUCAUCAAAAUUAGAUAAUUAUAAUAUUUCAUCACCGUCACCAUCAUCUUCUUCAUCAACGACUACAAAUCCAACAAAUACGUCAACAUCAUCAAUAUUAAAUCAAUUAACUAUGCAAAUACAUAACCAUGAUAUGAACAAUUCGAGAUCAAAUGAUUCAAUUGGUGCUAUAAGACAUAAUAAUAAUAAUAACAAUAAUAAUAAUAAUCAUCCGUCUUAUUUUUAUAAUCAUCAAUAUUUACCAAAUAAUGAUAUUACAGAUAAUUCGAAUAUUCCAGAAACAUUACAAAAACUAGUUGAAUCAGAUCAAAAUUAUCGAUGUACAGAAAUUGGUAAUAUAGAAGCAAUCGAUCGAAUUCAUAUCGAUUUAUCUCGAGAUGAUAUGUUAAAUGUUUGUUGUUUAUUGGAUAAAUUAUGUUUUUUAAUGGUUGAUUGGGCUCGACAAUCAUUAUAUUUCAAAGAUAUUCUAAUUGAUAAUCAGAUUAAAUUAUUAAAAGCUGCAUGGAUUGAAAUAUUAAUUAUUGAUAUGAUAUGGAAACAAUGUCAACAACCAAAAGAAUCGUGUAUUGGUUGUGUUGUUAGUGCUAAUGGCCAGUUAUUAAACAUUAAUCAAAUUGAAAAUACAACUGUUAAAAAGUUAGCAGAACGAUAUUUACAAUGUGUUAAUGAAUUUCGAAAUUUACAAUGGCAAUAUCCAGAAUAUUUGGCAUUAAAAUAUUUAGUAUUAUUUGAUCCAGAUGUCCCGGGUAUAACUGAGUCACGUGUUAUUGAACAAGUUCAAGAAAAAAUAACAUCGGCAUUAGGUGAGUAUACAUCGGAACAUAAUCGAUCACAAUCACCAAAUGUUCAACAACAACCCGCUGAAACAGAAAAAUUUGCUCGUAUUCUAUUAAAAUUGCCUGAUGUACGUUUAAUUGGUAAUGAUUUGAAAAAAUUAUUACAAUUUGUUGAUAGAAAAAAUGAUGGUAAAAUAUUAGAUGGAUGUUUAUUAGGUGAAAUGUUAAAUGGACCACAAUCGAAUACAUAA